UACAGAGAUCAAAAUGUAUUUACAGCUGAUACUGAUGAUUACAGUUACAGCAGCUGCAGGACAUCAAGUGUCUGUGUUUGUGGUCAGAGUUGGUGAUGAAGUGACUUUGCCUUGUAAAUACGUGACGGAUGGUCAGAAUAAAUGUAACACAACAACUUGGACUUUGUUCCAAUCAUCAGCAGUGACGCUGUUUGAAGAUGGAAAGUUUAAUUUAACUGUAUCAGACAGACUGAAUGUCUCUGCCAAAUGCUCUCUGGUCAUAAAGAAGGUCACCAUGAAGGAUGUUGGUCGUUACACCUGCAGCCAGUUAACAGGACAACAAAGAUCAAACUCCCCAGUUUAUCUAUCUGUUGUUCUCUUGACUGAACAGAAGACCAAUAUAUCAUUCAUCUUAAGCUGCUCUGUGAUGGAUUAUGAGUUCAAUAGACACACAGUGGAGUGGCUGCAUGAGGGGGAAGGAGAAACAUCCUCACAUUCAGAACCAUCACCGCCCUUCUAUCGUUCUACUGCGGUACUGACAACUUCCCUUCAUCAAAACUCAACAUUUUUUAGCUCUACAAAAUGUAAAGUCACAAAUAUCUUAACUAAAGAAGUUCAGCUGUUCACCUUCAGCCACCAGCCAACAGAUCAUGAUGCAGAGCAUAAUGCAGAUCAUAAUGCAGAUCAUGAUACAGGUUGGACUUGGUGGCACAUUGUUGUUUCUGUGGCUUCAGCAGCCAUUUUAAUAAUCAUUCUGUUGUUCAUCAAAUGGAAGAAAACUAAAGGAAGUGAAAUCAAGAAGGAAGAAAACACGCAGGAGCCCAUCUUACAACCUGAAGGCACAGUUUUGGAUCCAGAAACCAGUGAAGCUAUGGUUGAACCUGCAGAGUGUGUGUACUACGCCUCAGUCUGCUACGCAAAGAGGAAAAAACAGGUUCAUUCCUCCGAGGACAACUAUUCUCCUGGAGAUACUGCAGUCUAUGCCGAGGUCAAAAAGAAAACAGAAACAGAUGAUGUUACUGAGUGAAAACUGUCUUAAAAAAAUAUUGGAUUUGGUUUUCAAAAAAGUUUGCUUUAAGCAAAUUUUAGUCAAAAACUAAACGAAAGCUAGUAAAAGCAUUUCUCCCAUUGCAGUGGAUUCCUCUAGGACAACUUUUACCAGGCCAAUCAGUGAACAGAAGGAAGUUAGGACCAUCGAUGUCGAUUUUCUGAAAUGUUUUAUUAUUGUAGUUUACCUUAAGCGUAGCUUCAAAGUGAAACUAACUCGGGACUUUCAGACAUGCUGCUUAAAGUUUGAUUGGCUGUUGGACUUCAUGAUCCGCCCUCACAGGUUCUGAUCAACAUGAUCUCAGAGCCGAAACCCAGGAAGAGCGAGUUGCUGCUCUCAAGUAGAAAGAGUUCAUCUAAAGUUUUUGUUCAAUGUGUUAUAAACAAUAUUUUAAA